GCUCUUUCCCUGUCCGUCCUCCUGUGUGCGGCGCCGCCGCUGCGCACAGGCCACAUCUCCUCGCCCUCCUCGACAUCUCCGGCCAAGGCGCUCACUUCUCCGGCCCUCCUCCACAUCUCCUCGCCUCCACCCCAUCCACUUCCUGUCGAAGACUGCGGCAACGGAGCUCGGCGGCUGCGGCCCUUCUCCAAGACUGCAGCAUGGUGCUCGGCGGCUGCGGCAACGGAGCUGAUGGAGCGCGAGCCGACCAGUUCAACGGAGGCAGUAGCACGGGGCAGCGGCAGCAGCAUGGAGGGCGUCCGCUUGACUGGAAAGAGAAUGUAUUUGUUGAUAGUGAGAGUGAGGAUAAUGAUGGGGUGAGUGAGGAUGGGGAAGAUGCUCCAUCCAUGCAUGAUCAGCAAGAGGCGCAAAUGCAAGUGGAAAAAGAGACACAAAUUCAAGUGGAAAAGGACGCACCUCCAAGAGAUGGCAAUUUGGAGACCCGUAGAUCUGUACGGCUUGUCAAGAAGAAGACCAAGGGCGUCAACAGCCUAUACCCUGUUGCUUAGAAAUCUGUUGGCAAGUCUCUUCUUUCUAGUGUUUUAUGAUUCAUGAUAAUUGCUUAGAAAAUUUUAGUUACUUGGAGCUGCUAGUUUCUUAGAUGUAUACACUUUCUA